GGGGCGAGCCCCGAGCCGCGGGGAGCCGCCGCCGGCGGCCCCAGAGGAGCUGCAGCGGGAGGUGGAGGAGCUGCGCUCGGAGAACGAGUACCUCAAGGAUGAGCUGGAUGAACUUCGGGCUGAAAUGGAAGAAAUGCGUGACAGCUAUUUAGAGGAAGAUGUUUACCAGCUGCAGGAGCUCCGGCGAGAGCUGGACCGGGCAAACAAGAAUUGCCGCAUUCUGCAAUAUCGUCUCAGGAAAGCAGAACAGAAAAGCUUGAAAGUUGCACAAACAGGCCAUGUGGAUGGAGAGCUUAUUAGGAGCCUGGAACAAGAUUUAAAGGUAGCCAAAGAUGUUUCUGUCAGACUGCACCACGAGCUGGAGAGUGUGGAGGAGAAACGAGUUAAAGCAGAAGAUGAAAAUGAAGUCCUUCGGCAGCAAAUCAUUGAGGUGGAAGUAUCCAAGCAGACGCUGCAAAAUGAGCUGGACAAGUUAAAAGAGAGUUCCCUGAAGAGGAGAGGCAGCAGAGAAAUCCACAAAGAAAAAAAGACAUUUACCCAGGAGGACAGUGCUGAUUUGAAGUGCCAGCUCCAGUUUGCCAAAGAAGAGGCAGCGCUGAUGCGUAAGAAGAUGGCCAAACUGGGGAGGGAGAAGGACGAACUGGAGCAGGAGCUCCAGAAGUACAAGUCCAUCUAUGGAGAUGUGGACAGUCCCCUGCCUACUGGGGAAGCAGGGGGCCCACCCAGCACCAGGGAGGCUGAGCUGAAGCUUCGUUUGAAGCUGGUGGAGGAGGAAGCCAACAUACUGGGCAGAAAAAUAGUGGAACUGGAGGUGGAGAACAGGGGGAUUAAAGCUGAGAUGGAGGAUAUGAGGUGCCAGUAUGAAAAAGAGUGUCUCAGCAGGGACCACAUUUCAAGCAUUCCUACCUCACCCUACGGAGACUCUGUGGAGUCAGCCACAGAGCUACGCAGGCACCUGCAGUUUGUGGAAGAGGAAGCAGAGCUGCUGAGGAGGUCAAUCUCUGAAAUUGAGGAUCACAACAAGCAGCUAACAAACGAGCUGAACAAAUUCAAGUUCGAGCCAGGCCAGGAGCCAGGCUGGCUGGAUGACGCAGCAUCCAAGGGUGGUGGGACCUUGCAAGAGGAGCUGAAGUCAGCCAGGUCACAAAUCAAUGAGCUGAGUGGGAAAGUGAUGAAGCUCCAAUACGAGAACAGGGUCCUUAUGUCCAACGUCCAGCGUUACGAUCUUGCCUCUCACCUGGGCCUGCGCACUUCCAGCCCCAGGGACAGCGACGCCGACAGUGAUGCUGGGAAAAAAGAGAGUGAUAGCGAAGAUGGUCGUCCACCACAACCAAAGAGAGAGGGGCCCGUUGGGGGCGAGAGUGACUCCGAAGAAGUAUACGAGAAGACGUCAGGUUUUGGGAGUGGGAAGCCAUCAGAAGUCAGCGACCUGUGCUCCACCGAGCUCAUGAGAGUGAAAGAGGACACCGAGUCAUUAAUUAACAUCAAACGUGAGGCUGAGCGACUUGAAAGGACUGUGGAGCGCCUUAUCACUGAUACGGACAGCUUGAUUUAUGAUGCGAAGGUGCACGUAACCAGCAGCCCAUCCACCGAGCAGGAUUUCAGAAGUGGUGAGGAAAGGGGAGACGAUAAGCAUGAACCAGAGCUUCUGGACACUGUCAACUCCAGGAUGAAAGCUUUCCGGAAGGAGCUUCAGACCUUCCUGGAAAAGGUUGAUCACAUUGGAGAGGGCCUUAAGGAGCAGAUGGAGGACCUCUCCCCUCUUCCCCAUCUCACAGAGUCUUCCAGUUUCCUAUCCACAAUGACCUCCAUGUCCCGAGACUCUCCCAUUGGUAACCUGGGGAAGGAAUUAAUCACUGACUUCCAGUCCAAACUGAGGGAUCAGAUGGAGUGGCAGCUCAAACAAGAUCGUGGAGAGGAGCAAGACAUUCGCCACCAGCGAGCCACCACCGACCCACACCGCAGAGCUGAUGGAGACAUUAAACUCUACAGGCCAGGAGACAAGGGCUGUUUCAGUCUAGAGAAUGUAUCGAUACAGGAGCUUCAGGCUCAGCUUGAGCAGGAGACAAGACUUCACCGAGAGGAGCAAGAAAAGUUUACAGAAAGGAUCAUCCAGCUGGAGGAGGAGCAUAUGCAGACCCUGCGGAGAAAAGACUUGGAAGUGCAGAGCUUGACUUUGCAGAACAAACUGGAGGAGAAGACCUGGAGUCAGGAGAAAAAUCUGCUGCAGCAGGAACUCAGGCAUUUCAAGCAGGACACCUUUCUCCUGUAUGUCAAACUGAAGUGGCUGCUGAAACACUGGCGGCAAGGCAAGCGAAUGGAGGAGGAAGGGGAAGACACAUUAGAGAUCGAGCACCCUGAGGCCCUCCCAGACUUUGGCAUUCAUUCUGAGCAGAAGGCAAAUGAUGCAGAGCGAGAGGAGGAGGAAGAGGACGUUGUGUUUGCACUGACAGAUUUCUCCCAGCAUCCCACCACAGAGAGCACUGAUCAUGGACCACAGCUGCAGACUGCAGAAUUACUGCAGCAGCAGAAGCAGGCAAGUGAAAACCGGAAGCUCCUGAACGCUCUGAAGGGUUUGCUGGAUGACUUCCGCUCCGAGCUGCGGGACGAGGAGCGGGAGCGCCAGGGGCUGCAGCAGCAGUAUGCCCUGCACAAGGCAGCCUGGGAGGUGGAAAUCACUGAACUCAAGUGUCGCCUCCAACAGCUGGAAGGGAAGAGUGAGAAUACCUCCGGAGAAACAGGUCUGGGUUUGGAUGCAAAGGGAGCUUUUAAAAGGGAAAGAGAGGAGCACAAGAAGCUUCUGGCUGACAGUCACAGUGUGGUGAUGGACCUCCGCUGGCAAAUCCAGCACAGUGAGAAGAACUGGAACCGGGAAAAGGUGGAGCUCUUGGACAGGCUUGAUAGAGACCGGCGAGAAUGGGACCGUCAAAAGAAGGAGCUGCUCAGGCGGAUAGAGCAGCUCCAGAAAGAAGCGAGCCCACGGAGAGGAGGUGGUUUGAUGUGUGACCAGAACGAGAGCAGCCGGCGGCCGUUUACGCCGCAGGGGAACCUCCGCGUGCCCCGUUCCAUGGGGCCCAGGUCCUACUCUGAUUCCGACACCAUUCAGUUUGACGAGCGGUCGCUGUCCAAGCUGAAGGAGAGCGACCGGUGCAGCGCGACGGAAAACCUCUUCCUGGAAUCACUGUCCCUCGACUCCCCCGACGAGCCUGAUGAGCAUCGCUCUCGGCACCUGGAGCGGGAGAAAUUCUUGACUGGACUAACAGAAGAGGAAGAAACACACAAAGGAAAUCUUCAAAGGGCAAUGUCCGUUUCUUCCAUGUCCGAAUUUCAGCGCUUGAUGGAUAUUUCUCCAUUUCUACCAGAAAAAAAUUUACCUUCAUCUGGCAGCAAAGAUGAUAUAACACCUCCCUUGUCUCCUGAUGAUCUGAAAUACAUUGAGGAGUUCAACAAAAACUGGGAUUACAGUAAUACCAGGAACCAUGGUGGGGCAGCUGAGAAGCCUGCAGAGGGCUGGGCAGAAAGGACAGAAACUGGAAAAGCCGGGAAUGAUCCUGCCUCAGAUCCAUUUCAGGCAUCCUCAUGGUACCUCACCACCAGUGUCACUAUGACCACCAACACCAUGACCAGCCCAGAGCACUGCCAGAAGCAGCCAACAAGGAGUCACAGUGUAAAUGACAAAAUGGGAGUGCGGGUAUUUCACAGCCCACCGGUUGUCCGUAGGUUCGAUAACUCAGUGAUAGCUGGCAGUGAAGGGAAAAACCAGGCUGAGCCAGACUUCCUGUUUUCUGUGACCAAAGCUAUGGGGAAUGUCACUGAGACAAAAGGUGCUUCCUCGGAUAUGUUUGGAAGGUGGUCUUGUGACCUGGCCAAACACCAUAAAGAUUUUCUGGAGAAUGGUCUUCAUCCCAUUGAGCGUCCUAUUUGCACUACUGUGGGCUUUGCCUCACCCUUGCACAGCUUGGAGAUGUCCAAAAACAUGAGUGAUGACAUGAAGGAGGUCGCUUUCUCUGUCCGGAAUGCAAUACGCUCCAACUCCACAGAGCCUCAGUUUAAGGACACGGCGUGCCAAACCAACGGCAUGAGAACGACGGGGACGCAGACCACCCAGACCAUCAGCGUCGGCUUGCAGACGGAAACCCUGCGCAGUAUCACCAGCAGUCCACACAAGUGUCUGACACCAAAGGGGGGGUCCACGCCUGUCUCUUCACCAUCCAGAAGCCUAAGAAGCAGGCAGGUGACCCCCGUCAUUGAAAAGGUCCAGGCUAAGUUUGAACGUACAUGCUGCUCCCCCAAAUACGGCUCUCCAAAGCUGCAAAGAAAAGUCCUUCCCAAAUCAGACCAGCCAAAUAACCGGACUUUGCCUGGCACACCUCAGAAAGGAUUCAGUGAGUCCGCUUGGGCUCGAUCAACUACCACACGGGAGAGUCCUGUCCACACCACUAUCAACGAUGGCCUGUCCAGUUUGUUCAACAUCAUUGACCAUAGCCCCAUCUUUCAUGAGACCUUCCAAAAAUGCCCCAGAUCUGGCAGCCGGUCCAGGUCAGCAGAACCCAGACCAGAACUGGGCACAUUGCAGGAGCCAUGUACAAAUGCCCGUGGCAGAUCACCCAGUCCUCUCCGUCUGGGGACAGAGACACAAAAGGAAGAAGGAUCUGAGGUGACAAGUAUUAGGCAGGACUUAUCUGCUCCUCCAGGGUACACACUUGCAGAAAAUGCUGCCAGGAUCUUGAAUAAGAAACUUUUGGAGCAUGCCUUAAAGGAAGAGAGAAGGCUACCUUCACACAGCCCACCAAAUCUUAGCAAUGACAACAGCACAGGAGAAAUUGUCAAAGUAGAUCCAGGGUCCAUAGAGGAACUGCCUUGUUCUGCACUAGCCCCGUCCCUCCAACCCUGCUUCUCCCGGCCAGAGAGACCAGCGAACCGGCGCCCACCGUCACGAUGGGCCUCACAUUCCCCUACUGCCUCACAGUCGCAGUCCACCGGAGACCUGACUUCCUCAGAGGAGUGCGGAAGCAAGGAGCUGCUGGCAGAGAGCCCCAGCCAGGGAGGCGAGCCGGCCUGACUCCGCACGGGAACAGGGCGGGCCACCACUCGCCCCCGCCAGGUCGCCCGCCAGCCGUCUCUGCCAUGAAGGAGGGAGGUCCGCUUGGAGAGGUCAAAGAAUGUUCUCAGACACAGCUGCUGAAUGUGCAACCUGGGAAACAGAGGUGUUUCUAGAAUGAAACAGUUAAUGUGCCUGUAAUAACUUAAUUUUUUUCAUAGCUGAGAGAACUAUUUUUGUCUCCAUCUUUUCUACAUACAGUAUAUUAACAAAAACAACAAAAAAAAAGGGUUAAAAUGAUAUAAAAGUAAGAUUUAAAAUAAAAUGUAAAUUAAGUUUUAAGGGAAUUUGAAUACGUGCUCGCGCUCUCUCCAAAUACUGACUGCCUUUUGGUUAUAUUUGCACUGUUACAUUUUCAGUUUUAGUUUUGGGUAUUUUGGGUUGGUUUUUUUUUUUUAAUUUCAUGUAAAACUAGAGUCUUAAGUUAAUUUUAUUCUAUUUUAAUGUCAGUGUUAUCGGUUUUUAAAGGUAAGGUUCUUAAAGAUGCUUCAAAUCUCUGAAGCGAUACCUUUUAAGUAGUGAAGAAAGCCAUUAAGCUCGUUCACUAGACUUGUAAUUAAUUGAGAUGGAGGGGAAUACAGGUAAACACAAGUAAAUGUGUAAAAAAAAAAAAGAAAAGAAUGCCUCAGAAAGUCUUACAGAGUUAGCUGUAAAAUACACCUACAAUACUUGACUUGCAUGCCUCUGGGUCCGCGCACUUUAGUGCAUGUACAUACUGCUACUGUACCAUCACAUAAAUGUGAGUCAAUCUGUUUCACUGUAAUAUUGUUGUGAAUUUACCUGUACUGUACUUUUAUUGUUGGUAUUCUUGCAUUGACUAUACAAAAAAGAGUUUUUAAAUUAUUGUUAGCAGUUCAACUGGCUAUGUACAGCGUUUACUGAGAACUUCCUUCGUUUUGGAAAAACCAUGGAAAUCUCUGGGCAUACUAAAUUGUAACUGGUCUUGUUUAAGAGUCUGUUUGAGACCAUGUGAAGUGGAAAUAAAACCCUCAGUAUUUACAAGCUA